AUGCCACCCAAACGCACGCUGUCACCACCACCAAGUUUGACCAAAAAACUCAAACUCUCAGAGAACUUUGAGGAAUACUACAAUCCAGACCCAAGGUACUAUCCCAAUCCUAUAACUUGGAAAAGAGCCAAUGUGUUCAACACCGGCAAGAGACCCAAACCUAUCGACUUGUUGAACCAAGGUAUCGAAAAAUCGCAGAAACUAGACUCCAAAACUAGCUUCGAUACCGUGGUGCAUUGGUUCAGGUCGGACCUUAGACUCAGCGAUAACGUAGGUCUCUACAACGCAGUGAAACAGCUGGAAGAACAGCGCAAGAAAUCCAAAAACAAGAAUGCCCGGCUGGUGGCUCUCUACAGCAUCAACGAACACGACUUCAGGGCCCAUCUAGAUUGUGGCUGGAAACUGCAGUUUGCGUUGGACGCAGUCAACAGUCUGAAAGAAGAACUGCGGAAACUGAACGUGGCACUGGUGGUUCGAGUCUUCGAAGCAAAGGACCCUUUACUUUCUCGGUCGUUGCAGUUCGCCAAAUGGCUCAAAAACGAGUGUGUUGGACUGGCACGCAACACCAACGACGCAGUCUUCGUGACAGCCAACGCCCAGUACGAGACUGACGAACUUUACAGAGACGUUAAUAUCCUGGGACUCAACGACUCCCGUUUCCACUUCCAGGUCUACCACGACCAGUGCACCGUGAUUCCCGGCGCACUCACCUCGGGUAAGGGCACCCAGUACACGGUUUUCACCCCCUGGUACAAGAAAUGGGUCGAGUAUCUCAAAACGCACCAAGAAUCCCAAAAGGAUGCAGUGGAAACGUUCAGCUUCGACACGAAGGACUCAUUGAACGCAGAGCUUGACGAGCCCGAGUCUUACAAUUACAAACUGCCCGACGAGUUUCUCGCGUAUUUGCCAAACCUGCCUCUGGACGUACCAGAAGCAACGGAGAAAAAGGCCCAUGAAGUGCUCAAAGAGUUCUUCAACAGCAAAAAGGCCCAAUCGUACAAUGAGAACAAGGACAUUCUGGCACUCAACAGUACUUCGCGUCUCAGCUGCUACAUCACCAGUGGCGUCAUCAGCACCCGUGCAGUGGUCAACUACUGCUACCACGAUAAUGGGAAUAGUCUAAUGCGCAGGGACAUCAAGCAAAACAAUUCGGUUGAGAAUUUCGCCAAAGAAGUCGCAUGGAGAGAUUUCUACAAGCACAUUAUGUGCAACUGGCCCUACGUCUCCAUGGAUUUGGCUUUCAAAUUCGAGACCAUGGACAUCAAGUGGGAAAACGACGAAGAAAAGUUCCGUAAAUGGUGUUUGGGCGAAACUGGGUUGCCUAUAGUGGACGCUGUUAUGCGCAAGCUCCUACACACCGGAUACAUCAGCAAUCGUUGUCGCAUGAUUGCUGCAUCGUUCUUGUCCAAGAACCUUUUGGUGGACUGGCGUUGGGGAGAACGGUGGUUCCGCAAGCACUUGAUUGACGCGGACUUGGCUUCCAAUUCUGGCGGAUGGGGGUUCUCAUCAAGCACUGGCGUUGACUGUCAACCUUACUUUCGUAUCUUCAACAUGAAGCUUCAAUGUGAAAAAUACGAUCCCAAAGGAGACUUUGUCAAACAAUGGAUUCCUGAGUUGAAAGACGUGGACAACGCAAAGAUUCUCAGAGAAGGUAUUUCUAAUGCACAAACUGCCAACGGUUACUCCCAGCCUAUUGUCGAUCUCAAGGAAAGCAGAGAAAGGGCUCUCGAGGCCUUUAGAGAAGCUAUGUAA